CCUCAACCGUCUCUGUCUCGCCGGCGACCGCUUCUCGAGAUGCCCGCCGCGGCGGCGCGCUGGCCCCUCCUCCUCGGGCGGCAUCCCCUCCGACGGUCCUUCACCUCCUCCAGUACGCGGCGUGUCUGCGCAGCCGCGGGGGGCGGGGGCGGGAGCGAGGGGCGCUCACCGGCCUACGGCGGGCUGCUGCUCGACGCCGGCGGCACGCUGCUGCAGCUGGCGCGGCCGGUCGCCGAGACCUACGCCGCCCUCGGCCGUCCAUACGGUGUGACGGUGCCGGUGAAGCACAUCAAGGAGGGGUUCAAGAGGGCCUUCUCGGCGCCAUGGCCGAAGACGCUCAGGUACCAGGGCGAUGGGCGGCCAUUCUGGAGGAUUGUCGUGGCGGAAGCAACCGACUGCACAGACAAAGAUUAUUUCGAAGAAGUGUAUCAGCACUACGCACAUGGAGACGCAUGGUGUCUGCCUGAUGGAGCUUACAGAACGCUGCAUGAUUUGAAAGAUGCCGGAGUCAAGCUAGCUGUCGUAUCAAACUUCGACACACGGCUAAGGAAAUUGCUCAAGGACCUUAAUAUCUCAGAUGUGUUCGAUGCCAUUGUGGUAUCAUCAGAGGUCGGAUACGAGAAACCUGCUCCUGAGAUCUUCAAAAUAGCAUUAGAUCAAAUUGGUGUGGAAGCCAGCAAGGCAGUACAUGUAGGGGAUGAUGAGGCUGCAGACAAGGCGGGUGCUAAUGCUAUAGGACUUGAGUGCUGGCUGUGGGGAGAAGAUGUGAAGGAAUUUUCUGAGAUACAGGAUCGAAUUCUAGCGAGAGUCUGAGGACCCCUAACCUCCCUUUUCAUGAACAGUUGUAAUUUGCCGUAUAUCUGGUUUCCCCACAUGGAUUGUGGAAUUCCAUACAAUAAUAAGUGCCUAAUGUACCACA